AUGGCACCCAAACUUGCACCUCCCGUUAUUCCUCUACCUCCGGCUCGCAGCAAUCCGUCACGACCAAACCGUAAUAUCAAUCCAGCUGCCAUUAUCAAACCGGCGCCAAGACGAACACAUGAGGAAGUACUGGCCGAAAAAGCUCGAAAAGCAGCUGAUAAGCAAGUUCAAGCUCGAAGACGUAACGCUGGUCUCCAAAAAGCAGCUGAGAUUGAGGUUGUGGUGGACCUCAAGGACGCAAAUAACUUGGACCACCCAGUUCCAUUGACGCUCGAAAAAAAAAAGCGGCCCCAAGUUGACAUACCUGCCGGAGAUCCCGAUGAGUACAACCCAGAUGCUGUAGUGGACGAAGAAGACCUUGAUGAUAGCGGAGAUGAGAUUGGUGUAGCAAAGUCCAAGAACUUGAAGGGAAAGGGUGGUCAGCGGGCAGCGUUGAUGCUGGAGAAGAAGAAAGUUGCAGCGGCGGCACUAAGUAACACUCACACAGUGCGUGCUCCCGGCACAAGACCAAACCUUAAACGCGCACUCCCACCACUCCCACCACUCCCACUGCCUUUGUCAAAAAAAGCGAAGCACAUCCCGCCGAAAUCUGCACUUCGAUCAACAUGGUUAGAAGAUUCAGCAGUACCGGUCCUUGCUGAAAACGAUGAAGCUGACUCUUUUGAGUCACCUUCUGGUACAGUUUAUCAGCGCUUGCCCUCCAUAAUGUCAGGUACAGGUAGUUUUUUAUCAGGAUACCGUAGUGGAGCAGCCACCAGUGAAGGUGGUACGUCAACAAGGGCACCCUCGGAAACCGGCAACAUGAUCAUGAUGGACUCGGAAGGUGGGAUUAUCAAUGCGGGUGGAGUGUCUUCAGAUGAGGAUGGUGGACCGAUGGAGAUACUAAAUGACCAUCUAACAAUACAAGAAAGUAGCCCAAUGCUCAAAUCAAAGGUCAAAAAUAUGGCCAAGGUCAACGUAGUCACAGUUCCUCCAACUGUACAUGUACGCCGUGCAAGGGCCGUUAGCGGCUUUGAGAUAAAUUUCGGCAUCAAGCGUGAUAAAAUCACUGUGAAGCAUCUCGACCGCAACCUCCACGAGCUUUUUGCCAAAAUUUAUACACCGUAUAUCCGCCAGAUGGCUGGCAUUGGCCUCACUAGCCCAUGGGACAACCCCAGCGAAACUGACCUGAUCACGAUUUGGAACAGUUUCUCAUCCAAAGCCGGAAAUCCAGGUCUGUCAGACUUCCAGAGGGAGGUCAUAUUGAAACUGAUAAAUGAUCGCCUUGUUGAAUGGCGUAAUUCGUUUGCAGCAACAGCUAUCGUUACCCUCGAUGCCAUCCUCUCCGCCUUACCACUUCACUGGGAACCCGAACUUUCCAAUACCGACUGCCGCUCUGCAUACGUCCAAUGGCUUGGACAAGGUGAAGAAAACGAACGGAACUUUUACUACCGUGAGAUUACCCUGGAUGAAUCUCACGAGGAUGAUCAGUUGCUCAAGAAGGGCAUCUUUCAAUCCCAACUGAUGUUGGCAACAUUGGCCUCACACCUGGCUGCUAUAUCAUCCCUCCGAGACACACUCUACGUCGAGACCAAGUUGCCGCCAAAGGGUGCUCUCGUCCUUUCUAUUCAAGCAUGCAAACACGCCUUAGCCAUCUUUGACACUGGCAUUAAGGUAGUACCGACUGGGAUCGCGGGUCACUUUUCGAAGGCCAACUGGAUGGAUCAAGAUCACUACGUUGAUGGCGGUCGGGUUGUCAAGGACCGCCGUACUGUUGAACUCAUCGUUUAA